UCUCUCUCUCUCUCUCUCUCUCCGCACAAUCAGAUUCGAUCUUCUUGUUCCGCUCAAUCCUUUCUCUCUCCUUUUCCCGCUGAUUUUGCGAUCCCAUUCGUUAGAUUAUUUAUCACGUAUGGUUCGUUAUCGUUCAUUUUCUCGCCGUCUUUUUUGGUUGUUGUUGUUGGAUCUAUUUAGAUUCUUGUCAAAUUCAUUGCUCUUCUAGUCUUCUGAUUUCGUUCCUCUUGAGAGAUUUGUUCCUUCUCUAAAUCCUUGGUUGGUUCGUUUUUUUUUUCGGAUCAGAUUCGUUAUUGAGCUUUAGUUUUUUUUUACCACUGAAAUAGACUAGAAGUUUACUUGUUUCUCGCUUUUCGAGGAUUUUCUUCGGUUCGUGAAGGAAGAUGGAUAUCAAUUGCGACGAGCUCGUAGGUUCUUAUGCCAAUUGGGGUAUGCAAAAAACUUGCGAUUACAGAAAUUUAGAAUGGGGUUUCGGAAAAUUAGGUGGAUUUGAGGAAGACGAUCUCCUCAAUAGAAUGUCGUUUUCUGGCUAUCAGAUGCUUUACGAGACAGUUAAUUGGGUUGGUAAUGGCAAUUCUACUUUGUUCAAUGAUUUUCUGGGUUUCGGUGAGAUCACUGGAAAUAAUGUGCUUACUAGUUUGCCUGAGGAUCCCUUUUGUAUGAACAUUAGAUCGACUCUGAACACGAUCUCAGACUGGUUUCAUGAGAAUCAGAUUGAUUUAGUAUCAGGAUCUCAUGAUGAACCAAUCGGUGUUGAUCCUUUACUCUUGCAGCAACAGCAAAUCUGUGACCUCAAGUUCAAUGGUUUUGAGGGAUUGCGUGAAGUCACAUUCCCUGAGGACCCAUUUUGUAUGAAAGUGAAACCGGAUCGGCUUCAUGAGAAUCAGAGAGAUUUAGUGUUGUAUGAACCAAUUGGCGUUGGCUUUGAGAGCGUGGAUUGGUAUCGUAAUCAAAUUAUGAGUUUCCAUCAGCGAAUCGGGAGAAGUGAUCCUGAUGAUGGUGGUGAACCACCUCAUGACGCCUUUGAGUUAGUGCUUCCUUAUCUAGAGAUGAAAGAUAUUCUUGCCGUUGAAGGAGUUUGUAGGUCCUUACGUGACUUUGUUAGAAAAGAGCCUUUUUUCUGGACAACCAUUGACCUCACUGAUUCCCCUCUUAGACGUAGAGUAACUGAUGAUUCUCUUCUCAAGUUAACACGCCGCGCUCAAGGUAAACUUCAAUGUUUGAAUCUGGGAGGCUGUUUCAGUAUCACUGAUAAUGGCAUGAUGCAAGUGCUUGCAAGCAAUCCGCAUCUCACAAAGCUGAGCGUAUCGGGUUGUCUUGGACUAAGCACAGCAGGAAUGUUGUCCAUUUUAAGGGACUUAAAAUCCUCAAACCGACUUGGACUCGAAAGCCUUAUCACUGGUGGGGCAUUAUAUUUCACAAAGGAGCAAUUUAAAGAACUAAACUGCUUACUUGGAGGAGAUGCUAAAGCGGGUCCAAAAUCCAGGAGGCAGAGAUUGUAUAUAUCAUGUAGAUCAGAUUUCUCUUUAGAGGAUGAUGGAGUUACUGACAUAGAGAUAUGCCCGUGGUGUGAGAAACCAGGUCUGAUAUUUGAUUGCGCCGCAGAAACCUGUGAAUUGAAGGAUCAUCCAUGUCCUAAAUCAUCGUGCAGAGCUUGCAUAGUCUGCAUAGAACGUUGCCACGAGUGUGGGGGUUGCUUAAAUGAUUGUGAAGACAAGCCGUUCUGUUUUCCAUUCAGCUGUGUUGUCUGCUAUAAGAAGAGGUCUAACCAGUUUCUUUGAAGCCAGAACCCAAGAAAACACUUGACUUUGCAGAAGAAGAACUAAUAGUCUUACCAAAGUCAGUGAGGGAAAAAAAAAAAACAUAAUAAGACUCAGAACUUAGAAGUGCUCUUUUUUGAAAGAUCUGAGCCAAACUUGAUUCUGCAACUCCUUUAAAGGAUCAGACUCAUAUAGAGAGGGAGAUAAAGAAGCAAAGACAAGAGCUUUACUUGAAAUGGAAGCAGCAUGCUUCAAAUGGGGCUUUGUAGACUUUACAGGAUAAGAGAAAGACACCAUUUACAUAUACUUUAUUUUUUUCUUUUCUCAAGAUUCUGAUAAGAGUGAUCAAGUGUGCUUUAGGAAGAAGAAGAAGCAUCGACUUAUGAAGAUAAAUAUGUAUUAAAAGAUUCUCUUUGGUCCAGAAGGAAGCAGCUCAAGUAUAAGUCAGGAACUGGUCGUUCUAGCUUGUUUAGACUAUGAUUUUGAAUUUGUGUGUGUGAGUCGUUAGACUUGAGGUGAGGAUUCGCGAGUGAGAGUUGAUCCGAAUUCUCAGGUUGUGAGAGAGAUUUCCGAUACCUCGAGAGAUAUUUGCAGAUUCAAAAUUGUAUUCGGUUUAUCAUUUCAAUAAACGUAUUAUUCAGAUUCGGAGA